AUGGGUGCCGGCCGGAGGAAGCUGGCCCCGCUCUGGGCCCUGGCUCUCACCCUGGCCUGCGCCCAGCACACAGGCUCUGUGGAACACGGCCACAAGUACCCGCACCUCUCUCCUGUCGCCCAGGAGCCCGCUGGCGACCAGCUGCGCCGUGUGACCAUCCUCCCCCCUCUGAGGACCGCACCGGUGGUUCGAGCCCUGAACCCCGCGCACAACGGGCGGGUGUGCAGCACCUGGGGCGACUUCCACUACAAGACCUUCGACGGCGACGUCUUCCGCUUCCCGGGCCUGUGCAACUAUGUCUUCUCCGCGCACUGCGGGGCCGCCUACGAGGACUUCAACGUCCAGGUCCGCCGCGGCCUGGAGUCCAAUGUCAGCACGCCGGUCGGGGUCACCAUGAAGCUGGACGGCAUGGUCAUCCAGCUGACCAAGGGCUCCAUCCAGGUCAACGGCCGCCCAAUCCAGCCGCCUUUUAGCCAGUCCGGCGUCGUUAUCGAGCACACCAGCGGCCACCUGAAGGUGGUGGCCAGGCUGGGCCUGGUCUUCAUGUGGGGCCAGGACGGCAGCCUUCUGCUGGAGCUGGAUGCCAAGUACUCAAACCAGACCUGCGGGCUCUGCGGAGACUUCAACGGCGUGCCUGUCUUCAACGAGUUCCUCUCCCACGGUGUCAAGCUGACCCCCAUCGAGUUUGGGAAUCUGCAGAAGAUGGACGGCCCCACCGAGCAGUGUCAGGACCCUGUGCCUGUGCCGCUGACGAGCUGCUCGCUGGGCACUGGCAUCUGUGAGGAGCUCCUGAGCAGCCACCCCUUCUGGGGCUGCAACGCCCUGGUGGACGCCGCCAGCUACGUGCAGGCCUGCCAGCAAGACCUCUGCCUGUGCCAUCUCACUGACCUGACCAGCUGCGUCUGCCACACCGUCGCCGAGUACUCCCGCCAGUGCGCCCACGCAGGGGGGCAGCCCCUGGACUGGCGGGCCCCCGACCUCUGCCCCCAGACCUGCCCCUCCAACAUGCAGUACCGCGAGUGUGGCUCGCCCUGCGCAGACACCUGCUCCAACCCGGAGCACUCCCAGCUCUGCGAGGAGCACUGCAUGGCCGGCUGCUUCUGUCCCGAGGGGACGGUGCUCGAUGACAUUGGCCAGACUGGCUGCAUCCCGGCAUCCCAGUGCGCCUGCGUGUACAACGGGGCCGCCUACGCCCCGGGGACUGUCUACUCCACAGGCUGCACCAACUGCACCUGCUCCGGUGGCCGGUGGACGUGCCGGGAGGUGCCGUGCCCGGGAGCCUGCUCGGUGCUGGGGGGCUCCCACUUCUCCACGUUCGACGAGAGGCAGUACACGGUGCACGGAGACUGCAGCUACGUGUUGGCCAAGCCAUGUGACAGCAGUGCCUUCACCGUGCUGGCCGAGCUGCGCAGGUGCGGCCUGACGGACAGUGAGACUUGCCUGAAGAGCCUGACCUUGAGCCUGGACGGGGGGCACACGGUCAUCACGGUCAAGGCCGGUGGGGAGGUGUUUGUCAACCAGAUCUACACCCAGACGCCCAUCUCAGCAGCCAACGUCACACUCUUCAGACCCUCAACCUUCUUCAUCAUCGCCCAGACCAACCUGGGCCUGCAGGUGGACAUCCAGCUGGUACCCACCAUGCAGGUGUUCGUGAGGCUGGCGCCCGAGCUCCGAGGGCUGACCUGCGGCCUGUGCGGGAACUUCAACCAGAACCAGGCCGACGACUUCCGGGCCCUCAGCGGCGUGGUGGAGGGCACGGCUGCCGCCUUCGCCAACACCUGGAAGACCCAGGCCGCCUGCCCCAACGUCAAGAACACCUUCGAGGACCCCUGCUCCCUCAGCGUGGAGAACGAGAAGUACGCUCAGCACUGGUGCUCCCGACUCACGGACCCCCACGGCCCCUUCGUCCAGUGCCACGCCGCCGUGAGCCCCAGCACCUACCACUCGAACUGCAUGUUCGACACGUGUAACUGUCAGAAGAGCGAGGACUGUCUGUGUGCGGCCCUGUCCGCCUACGUGCACGCCUGUGCCGCCAAGGGGGUGCUGCUCAGCGGCUGGAGGGACGGCGUGUGCACGAAGCCCAUGGCCACCUGCCCGAAGUCGUUGACCUACCACUACCACAUCAGCACCUGCCAGCCCACCUGCCGGGCCCGGAAUCACGAGGACGUCACCUGCGGCAUCAGCUUUGUCCCCGUGGACGGCUGCGCUUGCCCCCAAGGCACCUUCAUGGAUGAAGCGGGCAAGUGUGUGCCGGCCACCAGCUGUCCCUGCUACCACGAGGGCUCUGUGGUCCCCAGUGGGGAGUCUCUGCAUGAGCGUGGGGCCGUCUGCACGUGCACGCAAGGCUUGCUGACCUGCAUCGGAGGCCAGGCUCCUGCCCCAGUCUGCACCCCGCCCAUGGUCUACGUCGACUGUCGCAAUGCCACGCCGGGCGCCGCCGGGGCCAGCUGUCAGAAGAGCUGCUUCACCCUGGACAUGGACUGUUACAGCUCCCGGUGUGAGCCCGGCUGCGUGUGCCCCGACGGGCUGGUGGCCGAUGGUGAGGGCGGCUGCGUUGCUGUGGAGGACUGUCCCUGUGUGCAUGACGAGGCGAGCUACCUGCCCGGCCAGACUAUCUGGGUGGGCUGCAACACCUGCACCUGUAAGAACAGGAUGUGGCAGUGCACACACGAGCCCUGCCUGGCCACCUGCGCCGUGUACGGGGACAGCCACUACCUCACUUUUGACGGGCAGCGCUACAGCUUUAGCGGCGACUGCGAGUACACUCUGCUUCAGGACCAUUGCGGCCAGAAUGGCACUGCCAACGGGACCUUCCGUGUUGUCACCGAAAACGUCCCCUGCGGGACCACGGGUGUCACCUGCUCCAAGGCCAUCAAGCUCUUCCUGGGGAGCUACGAGCUGAGGUUGAGUGGCGGCCACGUGGAGGUGAUCCAGAAGGGGGAGGGGCAGGAGGCCCCCUACUCCAUCCGCCAGAUGGGCAUCUACCUGGUGGUGGACACUGAGGCCGGCCUGGUGCUGCUGUGGGACAGGAAGACCACCAUCUUCCUCAAACUCAGCCCUGAGUUCAAGGGCCGGGUCUGCGGGCUGUGUGGGAACUUUGACGACAAUGCCGUCAAUGACUUCACCACGCGGAGCCAGUCCGUGGUGGGCAACGCCCUGGAGUUUGGCAACAGCUGGAAAUUCUCCCCGUCCUGCCCCGACGCCCCGGCCCCCCGGGACCCCUGCACCGCCAACCCGUACCGCAAGUCCUGGGCCCAGAAGCAGUGCAGCAUCCUCACCAGCGCCACCUUUGCCGCCUGCCACGCCCAUGUGGAGCCUGCCAAGUACUACGAGGCCUGUGUGGGCGACGCAUGUGCCUGUGACUCUGGGGGCGACUGUGAGUGUCUCUGCACGGCCGUGGCUGCCUACGCCCAGGCCUGUCACGAUGUGGGCGUGUGCGUGUCCUGGCGGACCCCGGACAUCUGCCCCCUGUUCUGCGACUACUACAACCGCGAGGGCCAGUGCGAGUGGCACUACCGGCCGUGCGGCGCGCCCUGCAUGAGGACCUGCCGGAACCCGAGUGGCCGCUGUCUGCAUGACCUACGGGGCCUGGAAGGCUGCUACCCCAAGUGCCCGCCAGAGGCCCCCAUCUUCGAUGAGGACCAGAUGCAGUGUGUGGCAGUGUGUCCCACACCCUCCCCGCCACCACCCUGCCGUGUCCAAGGCAAGUCAUACCGGCCGGGCGAGACGGUGCCAUCUGACAAGAACUGCCAGUCCUGCGUUUGCACCGAAAGUGGCGUGCAGUGUGCCUACGACACCGAGGCCUGUGUCUGCAUCUAUGACGGGCGGCGCUUCCGGCCAGGAGACGUCAUCUACCACACGACCGAUGGCACAGGGGGCUGCAUCUCCGCCCACUGCUUGGCCAACGGCACCAUCGACAGGAGGGUCUACAUCUGCAGCCCCAGCACCCCCGCCCCGCCAACCACCUUCUCCUUCUCCACAUUCCCGCUUGUCGUGAGCUCAACACGUCCGUCCCGCACGUGCCACAGCUCUACCAAGAGCACGGCACCCCCAAGCACUCGGAGCAGCACCCUGUCCUCCACCCCGGGCACGACCUCCAGUCCUCCGACGAGCUCUCUCCACCCCCGCCAGGCCUGUGGGGAAGAUUGCCAGUGGUCACCGUGGCUGGACGUCAGUCACCCGGGACGGGGCAUCGAUAGCGGUGACUUCGACACACUGGACAACAUCCGUGCCCACGGGUACAAGGUCUGCCCAGCGCCGCAGAGCGUGGAGUGCCGGGCCGAGGGUGCCCCCGAGGUACCGAUCGAAGUCCUGGGGCAGCACGUGGAGUGCAGCCCAACGAGGGGGUUGACCUGUUACAACCGCAAGCAGGCUUCGGGGCUCUGCCACAACUACCAGAUCAGGAUCCAGUGCUGCUCCCCCCGGGCCUGUCUGACCACCACUCCUGCAACGUCCCGGACAACGGAAACGGAGCCCACACAGGGGUACUCCCACACCCGUGCCAGUGACCACGACACUCACCUCAAGUACUCCCACACCUGUGCCAAUGACCACGACAACCACCCCAAGUACUCCCACACCUGUGCCAGUCACCACGACAACCACCCUAAUGACCACGACAACCCCCCUAAGUACUCCUACACCCACCUCAAGUACUCCCACACCUGUGCCAGUCACCACGACAGCCACCCUAAGUACUCCCAUACCCGUGCCAGUGACCACGACACCCACCCCAAGUACUCCCAUACCCAUGCCAGUGACCACGACACUCACCCCAAGUACUCCCACACCUGCCCCAGGCACCACUACAGCUCUGAAAAGCACCCCCUUGACUCUGAGUCCAAUUGGUUUGACAGCAGCUACCCCGAGCCUGGUAUAAACGGUGGAGAUUUCGACACUUUUCAAGAUUUGAGAUCCAAAGGACAUAAGUUUUGUGAAAAGCCCAGCAAAGUGGAGUGCAGGGCACAGUUCUUCCCAAACGUCCCACUGGAGGAGCUGGGGCAGGACGUGAUCUGUGACAAGAGAGUGGGGCUGAUGUGCCUCAACAGGAACCAAUUGCCCCCAAUCUGCUAUAACUAUGAAAUCCGGAUCGAGUGCUGCGAGCUAGUGGAUGUGUGUGGAAGCACCACGCACCCUGUGACAAACCAGUGCAACUUCUGUGCCGAAAACCAGCCCGACGUCUGUGCCAGAAACCAGCACAACCUCCGUGCCAGAAACCAGCACAACUUCUUUGCCAAAAACCAGCCCGACCUCUGUGCCAGAAACCAGCGCAACCUCCAAACCAGUGCAACCUCCGUGCCGAAAACCAGCGCAACCUCUGUGCCAGAAACCAGCGCAACCUCCGUGCCACACACCAGCCCGACCUCCGUGCCACAAACCAGCGCAACCUCCGUGCCACACACCAGCCCGACCUCCGUGCCACAAACCAGCCCGACCUCUGUUCUCACAUCCGCAGCUACCCACUCCCCACCGGUGACCGUCACCUGCCAGCCACAGUGCAGGUGGACCAAGUGGUUCGACGUGGACGUCCCGUCGCCCGGGCCCCACGGAGGAGACGUGGAAACCUUCGACAACAUCGUCAGGAGGGGAGAGAAAAUCUGUCGCCGGCCCGAGUACAUCGCGAAGCUGGAGUGCCGGGCCGAGAGCCACCCCGACGUCAGCAUCGAGUCGCUGGACCAGGUGGUGGAGUGCAGCGUCAGCAAGGGCCUGGUGUGCCGCAACCAGGACCAGGAUGAUGGCGGCACGUGCCUCAACUACGAGGUCCGCGUGCUGUGCUGUGAGCCCUGCCCUCGGACCCCUGUGACGUCCCAUGUGACUCCACCUACCAAGCCCUCGUCCCCUCCAGAACCGACCUCCGUGGUGUCCACAGUGCCGUCGCCCAGCUCCCGGGCGCUGUCCACCACCACGUGCUACUGUAGUGUGUCUGACAAGCUGUACCCCGCAGGAUCCAUCAUUUACCAAGAGACCGACCUCGCCGGCCACUGCUAUUAUGCUGCCUGCAGCCUGGACUGCCACGUGGUCAGGACGGAUGGCACCUGCGCCAGCAGUACCCCACCCUCCACCCCAUCCACCUCCCGGCCCGGGACCUCCCCUUCAGCCUCCAUAACCGUCACCGAACAGGGAUGCCCAAACGCAGUCCCCCCAAGAACGAAAGGCGAGACCUGGGCCAUGCCCAACUGCUCUCAGGCCACCUGUGAGGGCAACGGUGUCAUCACCCUGCAGCCGCGCCAGUGCCCGCGGGCGCAGCGGCCGACCUGCGCCAACGGCUACCCUCCUGUGAAGGUCGUCGACCAGGACAGCUGUUGCCCACAAUACCAGUGCCAGUGUGUGUGCAGCGGCUGGGGCGACCCCCACUACAUCACCUUUGACGGCACCUACUACACGUUCCUGGACAACUGCACGUACGUGCUGGUGCAGCAGAUCCUGCCCGUGUACGGCCACUUCCGCGUGCUCAUCGACAACUACUUCUGCGGCGCGCAGGACGGGCUCUCCUGCCCGCAGUCCAUCAUCGUCGAGUACCAGCAGGACCGUGUCGUGCUGACCCGCAAGCCCGUGCGCGGGGUGAUGACCAACGAGAUCAUCUUCAACGAUCAAGUGGUCAAGCCCGACUUCCAGAAAGACAGCCUGAGCGUCUCCCAAAUCGGCAUCAAGAUGUACCUGACCAUCCCCGAACUUGGCGUCCGGGUCAUGUUCUCCGGCCUCCUCUUCUCGGUGGAGCUGCCUUUCAGCAAGUUUGCCAACAACACAGAGGGGCAGUGCGGCACCUGCACCAAUGACAGAGGGGACGAGUGCCGCCUCCCCGGGGGCGCCGUGGCCGCCUCCUGCUCCAGCAUGUCCGGCCACUGGAAGGUGACGGCACCGCAUCAGCCGUCCUGCCACGGGGCUCCCCCGACGCCCACCGCGGUCGGGCCCGCGCCCUCGCCCACCCCCUGCUCGCUUUCGCCCGUCUGCCAGCUGAUUCUGAGCAAGGUCUUCGAGCGGUGCCACCGUCUGAUCCCCCCGCUGCCAUUCUACCAAGGCUGUGCCUUCGACCACUGCCACCUGAGCGACCUCAGCGUGCUGUGCUCUGGCCUAGAGCUGUACGCGUCCCUCUGCGCCUCCCGAGGCGUGUGCGUUGACUGGAGGAGCCACACCAACCACACGUGCCCGUUCGCCUGCCCGGCUGACAAGGUGUACCUGCCCUGUGGCCCGUCCAAGCCCUCGUACUGCUACGGGAACGACACCAGCCUCGUGGCUCUUCAGGACGCUGUCCCCAUCACAGAAGGCUGCUUCUGUCCAGAGGACAAGACGCUUUUCAGCAUGAGCUCUCAAGUCUGCGUGCCUGCCGGCUGCCACAGGUGCCUGGGGCCCCGCGGGGAGGCCGUGGAGCCUGGCCACACCAUCGUCGUGGACUGCCAGCGGUGCACCUGUGAGAGCAGCACGCUGACCAUGAGCUGUCACAGAGAGCCCUGUCCGCUGCCCCCAGCCUGCCCCCUGCCUGGCUUUGUGCCUGUGCCUGCAGCCCCGCAGGCCGGCCAGUGCUGUCCCCAGUACAGCUGCGCUUGUGACACCAGCUACUGCCCCAAGUCCGUGGCCUGUCCCGAGGGCUCCCACCCGAUCGUGACCUAUGAGGAGGGGGCCUGCUGCCCCAGCCAGAACUGCAGCUGGAGUGUCUGCAGUGUAAACGGCACCUUGUACCAGCCCGGCUCCGUGGUCUCCUCCAGCCUGUGUGAAACGUGCAGGUGUGAGGUCUCCAGCAGCCCCCAGUUGGACACGGUCGUCAUCAACUGUGAGACCCAGAUUUGCACCCCCCACUGCCCCGUGGGCUUCGAAUACCAGGAGCGGAGUGAGCAGUGCUGCGGCGUGUGUGUGCAGCAGGCCUGUGUCGUGAAUGCCAGCGACGGUUCCACCCACGUCUUCUCCCCCGGCCAGUCCUGGUCAGACCCCAAGAACCCAUGUGUGACCCACGAGUGUGAGAAGCACCGGGACGGGCUCGUGGUGGUGGCCAGGAGGAAGGCGUGUCCCCCACUCAACUGCCCUGCGGCCCAGGCUCAGCUGAGUGAGGAUGGCUGCUGUCCCUCCUGUCCACACCAACCCCAGAACAGCUCGAUGUGUGCCGUGUACCACAAGCUCGAGGUCAUCAGGCAGCAAGGGUGCAGCUCCGUCACGCCCGUGAGCCUGGCCUACUGCCAGGGCAACUGCGGGGACAGCGGCACUAAGUACUCCCUGGAGGCCAACACCAUGCAGCGAAACUGCCACUGCUGUCAGGAGCUGCGGGUCUCGCGGAGGACGGUGGCCCUGCGGUGUGCGGGCGGCUCCAGCCGAGACUUCAGCUACUGGCAGGUGGAGGAGUGCGGCUGCAGGGGGCAGCGGUGCAGCCCCCACAGAAGCCCAGGCCCGAAGAAGUCGGGGGCCGGGGCAGAGUGA